CAGAGUUAGCAGGCACACGCCUUAACCACUCGGCUGAAGCGACAGCUAUUUAUGUACAUGUACAAUUUGCGUAAUCACAAAUCUGUACAAUCUUUGUCGUUCCAAUAACUUCGCGCAGCAACACAACAAAAAAGGCCAACAACUAGUGGGGGCCCACCCACUGUCGCCUUCCUCUUCCUCUGAAAAAAAAAAAAAAACGCGUGCUUUCCUCCAAAUAAAAAUAAAAAGUCCUCCCUGAUCAUCCAUCCCUCUUUCCCCACUCACACCAAAUGUCCAUGGCAGCUCCGCCACAACGCCACCACACUUUCUGGUGUCACGAAUGUGACAUGAGUGUCUUCCUCCCCCUCCACCUCCACAACCCACCCGCUACUAACCCCCAUUGCCCUCACUGCCAUUCCGAUUUCCUCGAACAUAUGGACUCUAUUACCCCUCCCCCCAUAUUCCCAAAUCACCCUAACCCUAACCCAACCACUUUCACUCCGUCCGAUGACAACUUCCUCCUCAACAGCCCAUAUCUCCACCGUCUAAUCCACCACCUCACCACCACUAACCACGCCCCGGUGGGUCCCACCCCCACCACAGACAACCCCGCUUCCAUAUCAGCAAUCAGCUCACUUGAAUUAGUUAAAAUUACCUCUUCCAUGCUUGAGAAUGAUCCGGUUAUUCCUUGCCCUGUAUGUAAAGACAAUUUUUUACUUGACAUGGAAGUAAAAAUGUUGCCUUGUAAACAUAUGUAUCAUGAGGAUUGUAUUUUACCAUGGUUAGAUAUCAACAAUUCAUGUCCAGUUUGUAGGUUUAAGUUGCCUACUGAGGAAGAUGAGGUGAAUAGCCAUAGACGGAGGGAUUUUAUCGAGUUGCAAGAGUUGUUGAGUGAGCAAGAGGAUAUGUUUGGGUUUAGGCGAACACUUAGACGUGUUUCCAGGAGGCAUCAGCUGGAUAGGGAGAAUGUGGAUGCGGAUACUACUGAGUUUUUGCUUUCGCCUACUCAGAUUGGUGAGGCGGGCGGUCAAGGAGGAGUUGGGGGCGUUGUUGGGAGGGAAAAUAGCGUGGAGACUGUAUCGAGUUGGCCUAAUUGGGCAGUGGAAAGUGUUAGUGAUGAUGAAGUAGGUGGUGGUGAAGGGGAUACUGUUGUCAGGUCUUGAAAUUGGUUAAGCAGCGUUGAGGUACUGUAUAGUUACACUACUAGUUAGGAACAUCUAAGAGAAUAAUUUCGCCAUAAAUCAUCUGGAGAAUUGUAAAUCAUGAUGCAUAAACAUGCUUCUGCCAAUAAUCAAACUAGCAAUAUUGUGUGUUGCUUGUCAGAAUUGUAGUUAUUGUGGUACCUCGACAAGCAUUAAUAACAUUUCUCAAAUUUUGGUUGAAGCAGAGAUAUGCAUUCCUUACCCACCCUAGUGGGGUCUUGUGUACUCUAA